AGCGACCUCGCCACCGCCGGGCCCGCGCCGCCGGAGCCCCGCGGAGCCGCCGCCGGGGACGGAGCCCAGGGUAAAAGAACAGGAAACACGAGAAGAGGAACGUUUGAUGGAAGAAAAGAAAAAGAAAAAGCAGGAAGACAAGAAAAAGAAGGAAGGUGCUCAGAAAAAGGCUGCUGAUCAAAAAACCAAAGUGCCAGAACUUACUAAGAGCUGUUCAAGCCAGCCCCAACCUGCCGGUACAAGUACCAGUACUUCCACCAGCACUGUCUCUAGCAGCAACAAUGGCAAACGUGCAUCUGCCUGUGGCCAGCAGACAGCUGCAUCCCGCUACCUGCCUCGGGAGGUGCCACCACGCUUUCGCCAGCAAGAACAGAAGCAGCUGUUAAAGAGAGGCCAGCCAUUGCCUACAGGGACUCUGACCAGUGUGAGCCCAGCACAGGCUGCUGGACCUUCAGGAGCAAGCCCUCCUCCCCUCCCUGGAGCUGGAACACAGCUACAUCCCAGCAAACUCCAACCAGAUCUUGGUCAUAGUGGAUUGGCAGAGCAUUAUGAAAGUUCCCACUGGGGACAGCAGCCCACGUACAGAAGUGAAGCCAACUGCAGCUGGGAUAAAGUGACAAUAGACAGGACUGACCAGGAGGUGUGGCCGUCCAUCCCAGUAACAGAGACUGAAUCUGCCUCAGAAUGUCCUACAGACACUGACUCUGCCUCCAACUGUGGCUCGGAGAACAGUAGCAUGGCUACAGGGAGCGCCCAGGGCAGCUUCACAGGACAUCCCAAGAAGACAAAUGGCAAUAAUGGCACCAAUGGUGCACUCGUCCAAAGCCCUUCUAAUCAGAGUGCCCUUGGGGCAGGUGGAACCAACGGGAAUGGAGGUGUGGCCAGAGUGUGGGGUGUAGCCACAGGCUCCAGCUCUGGCCUGACUCACUGCUCUGUUGGUGGUGGAGAUGGGAAAAUGGACAACAUGAUUGGAGAUGGGAGAAGUCAAAAUUGUUGGGGUGUUUCCAACUCCAAUGCGGGCAUUAAUCUCAACCUUAAUCCUAAUGCCAACCCAGCUGCCUGGCCUGUACUUGGGCAUGAAGGAACUGUGGCAACAGGCAACCCUUCCAGUAUUUGCAGUCCAGUCAGUGCCAUAGGUCAGAAUAUGGGCAGCCAAAAUGGGAACCCAGUGGGCACCCUAGGUGCCUGGGGAAACUUGCUGCCCCAAGAGAGCACAGAACCACAGACGUCCACUUCUCAGAAUGUGUCUUUCAGCGUACAACCUCAGAACCUUAACACUGAUGGACCAAAUAACACUAACCCCAUGAACUCUUCACCAAACCCUAUCAAUGCAAUGCAGACAAACGGACUGCCAAACUGGGGCAUGGCUGUUGGUCUGGGGGCCAUCAUUCCGCCCCAUUUGCAAGGCCUUCCUGGUGCUAACGGAUCAUCAGUCUCUCAAGGCAGUGGAAGUGGUGGGGAAGGAAUGGGCAGUUCUGUGUGGGGACUGUCCCCUGGUAACCCUGCCACAGGAAAUAACAGUUCUGGGUUCAAUCAGGGGAAUGGAGACACUGUGAACUCAGCAUUAAGUGCUAAACAGAAUGGAUCCAGCAGUGCUGUGCAAAAGGAAGGGAAUGGGGGGAAUGCCUGGGACUCGGGACCUCCUACAGGUCCUGGCAUCCUUGCCUGGGGAAGGAGCAGUGGCAACAAUGGCAUUGGUAAUAUCCAUUCAGGAGCUUGGGGCCACCCCAGCCGAAGCUCUUCUAAUGGUGUGAAUGGGGAGUGGGGGAAACCCCUAAACCAGCAUUCCAGUAGUGACAUCAACGGGAAAGGAUCAACAGGGUGGGACAGUCCCAGUGCUGCCAGCCAGACACCUGCCUUGCAGCCUGGCAGUGAACACAUGAGCUCAUGGGCCAAAGCCACAUCUUCUGGAACUACAGCAAGUGAAGGAAGUAGCGAUGGGUCUGGCAGUCACAAUGAAGGAAGCACUGGGAGGGAAGGAAUGGGAGAGGGGAGGAGGCGAGAAAAGGGGGUUCUAGACCAAGGGCACAUCCAGUUGCCAAGGAACGAUCUUGACCCAAGAGUUCUGUCUAAUACUGGAUGGGGACAGACUCCUGUAAAGCAAAACACUGCCUGGGAAUUUGAAGAGUCCCCUAGGUCUGAAAGGAAAAAUGACAAUGGGACAGAGGCCUGGGGUAAUGCAGCUACUCAGCCUUCAAACUCAGGGGGGAAGAGUGAUGGGUCCAUCAUGAACAGUACAAAUACCUCUUCAGUAUCGGGGUGGGUCAGCUCACCACCUGCCGCCGUGCCAGCAAACACGAGCUGGGGAGACAGCAACAACAAAGCGCCAAGUGGCCCAGGAGUUUGGGGGGACUCGAUAAGCUCUACUGCUAUUAACAAUGCUGCUGCCACCAAGAGUGGCCAUGCUUGGAGUGGGACCGUAAACCAAGAGGACAAAUCACCCUCCUGGGGUGAGCCUCAGAAACCCAAAUCCCAAAACUGGGGAGAUGGACAAAGAGCAAACCCAGCCUGGAGUGCAGGAGCAGGAGACUGGGCAGACUCAUCAUCUGUUCUUGGACAUCUAGGGGAUGGGAAGAAAAAUGGAUCUGGAUGGGAUGCUGAUGGUAAUAGGUCAGGAUCUGGUUGGAAUGAUGCCACGAGAUCUGGGACCAGUGGCUGGGGCAGUGGCACAAAUGCUAAGAUGAAUCCUGGUACAAAUUGGGGGGAGUCUCUCAAGCCUGGUCCCCAGCAGAACUGGGCUCACAAGCCCCAAGACAACAAUGUGAGUAACUGGGGAGGAGCUGCUUCUGUUAAGCAGACAGGGACAGGGUGGAUUGGGGGUCCACUGCCAGUCAAGCAGAAGGACAGCUGUGAGGCAACUGGCUGGGAGGAGCCUUCCCCACCAUCCAUCCGACGCAAAAUGGAAAUUGAUGAUGGUACCUCAGCUUGGGGGGACCCAAGCACCUACAACAAUAAAACUGUAAACAUGUGGGACAGAAACAAUCCAGUCAUCCAGAGCAGUACCACAACCCCUGUCACCCCCACGACCCCAACCUCGAGCAGCACCACACACCAAACCGAGACGCCGCCUUCACACCAGGCUGGCACUCAGCUGAAUCGGUCACCACUGCUCGGGCCAGUUUCAUCUGGCUGGGGAGAAAUGCCCAGUGUGCACUCCAAGGCUGAGAACUCAUGGGGAGAGCCAUCCUCCCCAUCUCCCCUGGUUGACAAUGGCACAGCAGCAUGGGGGAAGCCUCCCAGCAGUGGCAGUGGAUGGGAUCACCCUGCUGAGCCAGUGGUGCCAUUUGGAAGAGCCAGCGCUCCUGCUGCUGCCCCAGCCCUGUGCAAACCAGCUUCCAAAUCUAUGCAAGAAGGCUGGGGCAGUGGUGGGGACGAAAUGAACCUGGGCACCAGCCAGUGGGAGGAUGAGGAUGGGGACAUGUGGAAUAAUGCUGCCUCUCAAGAAAGCAGCUCAUCCUGCAGCUCCUGGGGCAAUGCCUCAAAAAAAGGACUUCAGAAGGGCAUGAAGACACCUGGCAAGCAGGAUGAGGCCUGGAUCAUGAGCCGGCUGAUCAAACAACUGACAGACAUGGGCUUCCCGAGAGAGCCAGCUGAAGAGGCCUUGAAGAGCAACAGUAUGAACCUUGACCAGGCCAUGACGUUGCUCUCUAUAUGUUGUACCCCAGGCGCUCUGCUGGAAAAGAAGGUGGAUAUGGACAAACGUGCACUGGGAAUGACCGACUACAAUGGAAUGGUCACCAAACCCCUCGGCUGCCGCCCACCAAUCUCCAAAGAGUCUUCCAUGGACCGCCCCACCUUCCUUGACAAGGAUGGCGGCCUCGUGGAAGAGCCCACGACUUCACCGUUUUUGCCUUCCCCAAGCCUGAAGCUCCCCCUUUCCAACAGUGCACUCCCCAGUCAGGCCCUGGGUGGGAUUGCCUCAGGGCUGGGCAUGCAAAACUUGAACUCUUCUAGACAGAUCCCAAGUGGCAAUCUGGGUGUGUUUGGCAAUAGCGGAGCAGCACAAGCCAGGACCAUGCAGCAGCCGCCAGUGCAGCCUCUUAAUUCCUCCCAGCCCAGCCUCCGUGCUCAAGUGCCUCAGUUUCUAUCCCCUCAGGUUCAAGCACAGCUUUUGCAGUUUGCAGCAAAAAACAUUGGUCUCAGCCCUGCACUAUUAACCUCGCCAAUUAACCCUCAGCAUAUGACGAUGUUGAACCAGCUCUAUCAGCUGCAGCUGGCAUACCAACGUUUACAAAUCCAGCAGCAGAUGUUACAGGCCCAGCGGAAUGUUUCCGGACCCAUGAGACAGCAGGAGCAGCAAGUUGCGCGCACAAUCACUAAUCUGCAGCAGCAGAUCCAGCAGCACCAGCGCCAGCUGGCCCAGGCCCUGCUUGUAAAGCAGCCUCCACCACCACCACCCCCGCCACACCUGUCUCUGCACCCUUCUGCAGGCAAAUCGGCCAUGGAUAGCUUCCCCCCUCACCCCCAGACUCCCGGCCUUCCCGACCUGCAGACCAAAGAGCAGCAGUCUUCACCCAACACCUUUGCUCCUUAUCCUCUUGCUGGAUUGAACCCAAACAUGAAUGUCAACAGUAUAGACAUGAGCAGUGGUUUGUCUGUAAAGGACUCAUCUCAGUCCCAGUCACGCCUCCCUCAGUGGACACAUCCCAACUCCAUGGGUAACUUGUCUAGUGCUGCUUCUCCCCUGGACCAGAACCCUAGCAAGCAUGGUAUGUAUGUCCUGGGUGCUAUCCCUGGAGGUCUAAGCAUUGGGCCUCCAGGUAAGUCCUCCAUUGAUGACUCCUAUGGCCGGUACGAUUUAAUCCAGAACAGUGAGUCACCAGCCAGUCCUCCAGUAGCUGUUCCCCAUAGCUGGUCACGUGCCAAAUCUGACAGUGAUAAAAUCUCAAACGGCUCCAGCAUCAGCUGGCCCCCAGAAUUUCAUCCCGGAGUUCCUUGGAAAGGACUUCAGAAUAUUGAUCCUGAGAAUGACCCUGAUGUCACUCCUGGCAGUGUCCCUACUGGACCCACCAUCAACACCACCAUCCAGGAUGUGAAUCGCUACCUCCUCAAGAGUGGAGGUAAACUGUCAGACAUUAAAUCAACGUGGUCCUCGGGCCCAGCCUCUCACACACAAGCCUCACUGUCUCAUGAGUUGUGGAAGGUACCCAGAAACACUACUGCACCCACCAGGCCACCUCCAGGCUUAGCCAAUCCCAAGCCUUCCUCUACGUGGGGCACCAGCCCCCUAGGCUGGACCAGCUCCUACUCCUCGGGUUCUGCUUGGAGUACUGACACCUCAGGAAGAACAAGCAGCUGGCUCGUUCUGCGCAACCUCACACCCCAGAUUGACGGUUCUACUCUGCGGACGCUGUGUUUACAGCAUGGGCCUCUCAUCACAUUCCACCUGAAUCUGACCCAAGGCAAUGCUGUGGUCCGUUACAGCUCCAAAGAAGAAGCCGCCAAGGCCCAAAAGUCUCUGCACAUGUGUGUACUGGGAAACACCACCAUCUUGGCUGAGUUUGCUGGUGAAGAUGAAGUGAACCGGUUCCUGGCCCAAGGCCAAGCCCUCCCACCCACCUCCAGCUGGCAGUCCAGCAGCGGGGGCAGCCAGCCCAGGCUGGGCUCCUCGGGCAGCACCCAUGGCCUAGUGCGCAGCGACACUGCCCACUGGAACACCCCGUGCCUGAGCGGCAAAGGCAGCAGUGAGCUGCUGUGGGGUGGGGUGCCCCAGUACUCCAGCAGUCUCUGGGGCCCUCCCAGUGCUGAUGAUGCCAGGGUGAUCGGCAGCCCCACGCCCCUCAACACUCUGCUGCCUGGGGACCUGCUCAGCGGCGAGUCCAUCUAGGGGUCCCCUUCAUGGGGAGGAGAGAGCUGACCAUGCCAGGUGCAGCUCUGAGGCUCCAGCUGAUGGAUAAGCUGCCCCUUCAAGUACCUCUGUCCAGUUCUGAAGAUGAACCUUGGCCUCAGCCCUUGCGAACUGUUGAAGACAGUGCGGGCUGCGUUUGGUCAGUGUCACGUGCUAACGACAGGAUGUUCCUCAUAGCUUUUUAUUUUAUGUCGUCUUAUGUUUGUACGGUGUGUUGUCAUUUUGCGUUUUAAGUAUAAAAGCUGCUUAGAAUAGUUCUAUCAUGAAGGGCACUUUUCAGACUGUGGGCUGGAAAGGGUUAUUUUAUGGCGGGGUGGGGGAGACUUGAAGCCUAUUUAAAGUGAGCCUGUGACGAUUAUGCACAUUACCAGAGGCGGCAGGCGGGCAGGCAGCUGCGUUGUGCAGGCACAGAGCUGAGGCGUGGCUAAUGCUCUGUCCCCCUGGAUCCGCCUAUGCACAUUUACCCUUGUUUCAUUACUUUUUCAUGUCAUUUUUUUUAUCCCAAAAAAUUAUUUUUAAAAAGUUAAAAAAAAAAGACAUAUCAGACAUGCAAAUACUUGAACCCAGCAGGCCAAUACCGAAAUGUGAACACUUCCACGUUGACAUCUGUGCACAGAAACAGGCUCUAGGAAAUGUCCACGUCAUAGCCUACAUGUGCGUGUGUGCGUGUGGAACAGUGUGUGUGCGUGUGCGUGCUUGCACGGUGAGCGUUUAUUGUAUGAGUGUUUGAGAGUGUGUGAGGGAUUUAACUGUGGGUUUCCCUUUUAUUCAGUAUAUGCUUUUCCCUGCAUUGGUCAAAUGUUCUCGUUGUUCGCUUCUGACUUUGCACUGAGGUGUCCCUGCCCUUCCUUUAGCUAAUCCUAAACAGUAAAGAGAAUUCGCAGGACGGGGCUGGUGACAAUUCAUGUGUAAAUGUUUACUCAAGGACUCUGUUAUUGCAUUUAAAGUUACAGUGUAUAUCUCUGGAGAAUAAUAUGUCUAUCUACCUUUAGCAGCUUUUCAUUGUGGACUAAUGCAAGAAGAUUAUCACCAGAGUAUUGCACCAUUUCCCAUCUGGAAUAUAAAGUUAAAGAGAAAAACAAAACUGUUGUUGAACUGUGGCCAUAGAUACUUGUAGAGAAUGGGUGUCCCGCAAGGAGCGGGAACAAGCACUUGGACAUGGGUUGUGACUGCUUUUGGAGGAGCUGCGCUUUGGGCUCCCACCUGUUUACAGACCUUUUUUCUCCUUCAGACUUUAAAAUAAAAUUUAAAAAAAAAAUUAAAAAAUUUAAAAGGAAUAAAAAAAGACUUCCAUCUUUAAAAAAGGAAAAAAAAAAACAAGCAAACAAACAAAAAACCUAUUUUCAGAAUGCAGAUGUGUUACUUCAGAGCUCUGGGAUGGGGCGUGCUGUUCCCUCCAGCCAUCAUGGACUCUGUCAAUUUUCUUCACCCUUCCUCAAGGUGAUGAGGCAUUGUGGUCUCUGUCUUGCACAUGCCGGCUAGCUCUCAGGAAAGCCAGGGCUCCCGGGGGCAGCUCCACACCAUUUCAUGUAUUUUUAAACCCAACUCCUAGCACUGAAGAUGUUAUUUAAAAAAAAAGAAGAAAAGAAAAAAAAAGAAAAAGGAAAAGCAGAAAAAAAAACACACAAAGAAGAAAAAUACCUAAUCUCUAAUGUGUAGCAGUUACAUAUUUACCAAAUAAUGGACUCAAAAGAAAUAGAUGUUUGAAGAGUGCUUUAUAUAUUAAAAAUUGCUUUAUGUUUUAAAGAUGAUCAAUGUUUUGAUUGUUUUGCAAGGAAGAAAGACAAUGAAAUAACACACCCUCAAGUAUGUUUUAAAAAAAAUAUAUGAACAUUGUACUCCCUGCCUAUGUGGUAAGGAAACUUGUGCAUUACAUUUUUUAAUUAGCUUUUUAAUGGUUUUAUCAAAACAAGGAAGAAAGCAAGUCCUGCAGGACCGCAGAGAAACGCUGGUUCUCUAGAGGAUCGUGAGCUAUGCACAACUGGGUUCAUCAUGUACCCCCGGAACGGCCUCCUCAGAGUGACUGCAUCUCAUCGCCAUCACGUGCGUCCUAUUUGAUGUAUGUAGAUCAAAUACGUACGUGUGUGUGCGUGUGCUCCCAGACCUACAGCUUGCCAUGCUGCCAUUUAGCACUGAGUUAUCAAAAAUCUAAUGUUUUAAAACUGGGGAUGAAGUAAAGGAUGGUUUCAAUUUUUGUGGCCCCCCCCUUUUUCUUUUUUUUUUUUUUUUAAUCUUUUGAAUUUAAAAUGUCUCUAACUCUUAAGAUUAAAAGAAAAAGCAUUUGUGGCGCUUAGUGCCCCUCCUCAUGGAAUGUGGUGGUUGGAUGCACACCAGAGGUUGCUUUCAAAAAUACAGCGCUUUGUUGAGUCUUAAUAAACUGCGGUUUUUCUUGGCUAUUCACUCUUGCUGGGUCAUUAUCUAUCUGUUAAGAGGCAGGGACUUCCUUUUUCACUUCCUGCUGAGUUUGCAUUCGUUCCUGACUAAACUCAGUCUUGGCUGUUUGACUUGAAGCAUUGCUUUGGUUUUGCUAAGAAUAUGUGGAGUCUGUCAGUAGCCACUGAGAGACAUAACAGCUUCCAAGUCCCCCUGGCCUGACUGAAUUGGAUGCACUUGAAGACGAGUAUAACCCAGGCAAGCAGCGGGUAGAGCCAGGGCUGCAGGUUCUCCCAGAACCGCCACCCAUACUCAUUGUCACAUGUCCAGUACAGGCAUUAAAAAAGAAACCAGAGCGGCUGGGAUGUAGCUCACGGGCAGGGCUUUUGUGUGUAGGCACAGGGUACUGGGCCUCAUCCCCAACACUAUCUGGAAAAAUCACGGUGGUAUGUAUCUGUAGUCUCAGCACCCAGGAGGCUGAGGAGUAGCACUGCCUGAAUCCAUAGGCCAUGCAACAAGUCCCCAACUCAGAAAAAAAAGGGGGGUGAUUAACAUGCUUUCUAAGUGUUUUAUUGAUCUCUUCCCCUAAAACCUAUUGGCUAAAAUGCACAAAACAGUGGCAUUGUCACCCUAGGGCUCAUGGGUGGCACUCGGUCAGCUCUCACGCACUAAUGUCGACCCACCAUGUGCUGAGGAGGAGAGCUGGUAGCUCUGCUGAGGAAAUCACCCAAGGGGCCCUGGCCUCAUGGGACUCCAAAGACCAGAGGAAGAGUGAGACUUGGGAUGUCAAGCCACCCUUGGCCUUGCAGCAACCUCCAGCUCAGCUGACCAGAGCUUCAGCAGAGGAGCAGACCGUGACUAGCCUUGGAGCUGCUAUGGCACAGGCGUUUGUCUCCUGUAGGUAAAGAAGCAGUGGCUUAGAGGAGCCUCCUGCGUCAGUCAGAUGCUGUUCUCAGCCUUACAGUGCCUUCAAGACAGCCAGGGAGUAAACAGUAGGUUUUUGUGGAGGUGGCACCCGCCCCGGCCAUCGAAGCUACAUUGGAUUUUGAUGAGGACCAGAAUGAGAACCAGUGGACAAAACCUCAUGGGAUUGGAUUGGAUGACGUAGGCCUAAUGUCAGAUCCAGUAAGCAGUAGGUUUGGAGCUGCCCUAGCACACACUGUUCUGACGAGACUGGCACAGUGGUGACAGCAGAAGGCAGGAUGCCCAGCCAAGGGGGGGGGGGGACCAGACCGAAGAGAAUGCCUGUGGAGGUGGGCAAGCCCGACUGGGACCCAAGCCAUGGUGGGAGCUACUGCGGGGCCUGCGUUGAAUGAAGCAGACAGACAUUGGCAGCAAGGGUUACCCCAAGAAGCUUCUGUGCAGCCAGGGUGACGAGUGCCCUUGUGAGCCAAUGCUUCUCAGAGUCACUGCUGAUAAAGGCGUCCUCACAAGCUCAUCUGCUGCCAACUCCAUCCAUCCUUCCUUCAACUUAACGUGUCCGCCUAUGACAGAUGAUGCUAGAUUGUACCAGGAAAUCUUCAGAAUCACAGUGCUUGGUCUGAGUACUCCUUACGGACCUCAGGGAGAGCAGAGACCCAGGUGGUUUCAAAGCCUGUGUGCUCCCCUGUGCAGCCAAGGUCAAGAAGCAGCAGUGACAGGAACACACACCUGCAAUGCCAGCGUUAGGGAGUGCAGACGAGAGGAUCAAGACUGCAGUUAUCCUUGGCUAGCAUGGGCUACAUGAGACCCCACACUAGUGCUCUGUAUCCACUGUGAAAUGCUACCACCUGCUAAACAGAAGUUUACAGUUUCCAA